AAAACCCGCGUCUUUGACUCGCUCCGGCCCCCGUCCCGUGCCAUCCGGCUCCCUUGAGUCCAAACCCAGCAACCGGACCGGCGAAUCUCGGCAGGCACCACCGCCCAGCAAGCAGCCGCCGUCGAGACUGGCGAUGACUGCCGGCGGCGCGAGCGCGGGCGCGGUCCGGCGGGCGGUCGACAGGGCGUGCGCGGCCGCCAGGGGGGCGCGGCGCGCGCUAGCGCGGUUCGCGCCGCGGCCGUCGGCGUUCGGCGCGGCGGCCGACGCGGAGGCCGCGGCGGUGCGCGGGGUCCGCAACGCGCGCACGUUCCGGUACCACUACGCCGCGCUGCAGUGGGCGCUCCUCCUGGCGUCGCUGGCCGCGGCGGGGCACCGGGCGUCGGUGCUCUUCCUCAUGGCCGCCUCCAAGGUCCUCCUCGUCUGCCUCGGCCUCCUCGCGCCGUUCCCGCGCUUGGCGCUGCUCCGCCGGCUCGUCGCCGCGGCGUUCGUCGCGCUCGUGCUCGCCGACCUCGCCGCGGCCGGCGCGGUCGCCAACCUCAUGGCCGCGCUGGCGGUGGGCGUCCCGGUCAUCGUGCUCCACGCCUCGUUCCGCGUCCGCGACGACCUCGAGGGGCCUUCCACGGAGAACGGCGAGGAGGAGGAGGCGGACGAGGAGGCGGCGGUCGUGGAGAAGAGGGAGGACGGCGAUACGGAGGCAGGCCCCACGCGGCGGUCCACGGCGGUCGCGCCACGAUCGCCAAAGUGACGGACGGUGCGAGCUAGGCGGCUGGCUGAUCGAUCAGACGAUUCAGAGUCUUGGUCAAAACUGUCUCACUCUCACGAUCUUGACUGCUUCUUGAUAUAGAUCAAUCAUACUACUGGUACUCGUAUUUUUGGCCGAAGUUUCGAAUCGAAUCGGCUGAUACUCCUAUAACAACUGGACGAUGAAUGAGGAUUACGUAGACCCGAUGUGGAUGCAUCUAUUUCCUUAGUAUAUCUGCUGGACUAAUCUUUGAUCAUAUAUACACUUAGCAGAAAGGAAUGAAAUACAUAAUCAAAAUUGGCACUCGGAUUUACUGUGACAUACAUUUUGUCAGUGCAUCGAUCUGAACACUGAAUGCGAGCUUGCAUUCAUCUUGACCGCAGCGACGGGUGAACGGCUCUGUUCGCACCGCCAGUCCUGCAAUGUACUAGUGUAAACAACUAAUAUCUCUCUAAUUAUCUAAUCUAGCAUAGGGAUCCCCGAGAAGUUUUCUACCGUUUCCACCACAUGGCGCAUUUGUGUUGCUGCGAUUGUGAUUGUGUGCUUGUUUGCAUUUGCUUGUUUGAAACACAAGUUUCUGAAUUUAGGCCUUUUUUUUUGGUAUGCGAUGCAAAUAUAAGAGCAUCUUCAAUAGGUGAUGUAAAAUAACAGCACAAAAACUGCUUGAUGUGAAUUAUACAUCACCAAAAACGUUAUUUUUACAUCACGGAAAGUGUCCAACUCCAACGGGUGAUGUAUUUUAGGGCACGAGGUCCCCAGUAGAUGAUGUAUUUUAGUCACUCAAACUUCUUCUUCUUCGUUGAUCUCGAUAUCGGCGGCUCCUCUUCCACGACCGGCGGAGGUGGCGGCCGCGGCGGGAGGCGGCGACACGUAGCCUUUGUGGCGCGGCCACCUCGUCGCUACGGCACGACGACCUUCUUCUUGGCUUGCGCGGCUGUGGUGGAUGGCCAUGUAGGCGCAAAUCCACCUCCUC